UUAAAGUCCAAAUUAUUCCGAAGUACGGGAAAAGAUGGCGACGUCCAUGUCGCCGUACGACCAAUGGUUGGCAGACAAACUUUUGUCGCUGAACCCCGAGGUCGACACAGAUGUCUUCGUCAUGUAUAUCAGCAGUAUGUUGGAGGAGGACUCGCCAGCUGACGAAAAACGCGAGUCCAUACUCGAACUCUUGGCCGAAGUUUUGGAAACGGACCGUGAACUAGCCUGUGAUGAAAUUAUGAAGAAAUAUGAUGAAAUAAACAACAAACAUACAAACAAGAAUACAGAAUCAGCUCAGAAAAAUAUUGCAGACCAGCUGUCUAACAUGCUGGAGAAACAGACUAUAGAGCCUGUCAAGGUCAAGGACACACCUACUGACAAAGCCGAAGACCGGGCCAGGAAGGAGGCCAUCUUAGCUCAGUAUUCCAACGUGUCGGAUGAAGAAGACGAUGAUGGACAUUCUAGCCAUACUGGAACCAAAGGAGGAGGAGGAGGAGCAGCCGCAAGUGGUGCUGCAAGCGGUGCCUCAGGGGACUCUCUGCUAAUGAAAAACACAAACGCUGAGACCGUGGGACAGGUCGAGAAGGAAAAACGAGAGAAGGCCAAGGAAGAAUCGGACAAGAAAAAAGAGAAGGACAAACAAGAUCGAGCACAACAAAAACAGAAAGGGGUGGACAGAAAGGAUGCGGAGAAAAAACGUACACAGAAAGGCGAGAGAAGGAGAUAGCAUUGUUAAAAGAUAAAACUAGGACAUUUUAUAAUUCGGAUACAUCAAAACCGCAACAGAUGUUACUGGCAACAUACAUGUAAGCUAUAGACAGAAUUACGCUUUACAGACACGUUUACAGGGCCGCCAUCGUUUAUCAUGAUCCAAACGGUUGGACCAGAGUUGUUCGUUUAUGAAAUAAGGUCGGACCCAGUAAUCUGAUGCUGCUUUCGGCCGAGCCCUUGACAAUGCCUAUGCCUAUGUAUAAACAUUUGCAGAUCCGCCAAGAUUUAUACCCAAACAUGUUGACAUUAGAAUAGACAAAACCUGUUGUUCCUUAUAAACGAACAAGUCCCAUGUAAUAUGGAAAAUUGAUAGAAUGCCGUAAAACUCUUCAAUUGUAAAAAGAUCAUGUAACUCUUAAAUUGUAAAAAGAUCAUGUUUAAAUAUUGUUUUUGAUAUGAUUUAACUAGUGAGGGGACGAUGAUUGAUUAUGAUCAACAAUAAAUUGGUUUGCCCUUUCCGAUUCUGAUUAUCGAUUACAAAUUCCAUAACCAAUAUAAUCUGCUCAUUACUGAACCAGUGUCAAAAUAAAAUGUAUGAAAUCUA